UUCUCAUUUCACUCUCAAAAAUCCAAAAAACCACCCCCCCCCCCCCCCCCCUCCAAAAAAAAAAAAAAAAAAAGAUGAUAUGCAACACAAGGCUAAGUUUAAGCUUAGGAUCAUCUACUAUUCCUCCUCAUCAAAAUAACAAAAAGAGAAAAGCAACACAAGAUGAUAAUAAUCAAGAAUUAGCACUUGGUUUAUCAACUUCAUCAGAGUUGAUCACAAAUAAUAAUUGUGAUCAUAUGAUUAACCCUCAAUUAUUAGGAGGAGUUAAUUCAUCGGUUUCUUCAUUAUCUAAUACAAGUGUUAAAAGGGAAAGAGAUGCUAGUAGUCUUGAAGAAGAAGUUGAAAAUUUGGAGACAAAAAAAGUUGUAUUAAUUUCUCCAAAGGUAUUAGUUCAUAAUGAUGAUGAUGAUGAUGAAGAUGUUCAUGUGUAUGGUACGAGGAAGAAAUUAAGACUCACUAAGGAGCAAUCUGAUGUUUUAGAAGAUAGCUUCAAAGAGCACACCACUCUUAAUUCUAAGCAAAAGAGAGAUUUAGCAAGACGAUUAAGCUUACGUCCUCGACAAGUGGAAGUGUGGUUUCAGAAUCGAAGAGCCAGGACCAAGCUGAAGCAAACAGAAGUAGAUUGUGAAAUACUUCGAAAAUGUUACGAAGAUUUAAAAGAAGAAAACAGAAGGCUAAAUAAAGAAAUACAAGAGCUAAAAUCUCUCAAAAUGUCAGCACCCUUUCGUUUACAAUUAUCAGCAGCAACACUUAGUAUGUGUCCAUCCUGCGAGAGAUCAACGUACGGUGGCUCUACCAACAGGAUUUUCAUUACUAAUUAACAUGAAGAUCAGUACGUAAUUAGUGGAUUAAUUAAUUAGUUAAGUUGUAAUAUUAUUAAAUCCAAUAUGUAUAAAGUGGUCGAGGAAUAUAUGUUUGUUUAAUUAUUAUAAUGUACGUUCUCUAUUCAGUAUUUUUGUAGAUAUGUAUAUUCUUUAAAUGUAGUAUAUCUGGAAAUAAAAGUUCCAUUUCUAUAAUUUAGAGUUUA